CUUAUUGGACAGAACCUAAAAUAUUAUUUAUUAUCAAAGAUGAAAACUUAUUAGAAAUCUGGCUACAGGUCAGUUGUAUAAUCUUUUCAUACACUUUUCAGCUCCUUUUCUUAGCUAUGCAGGGGAAGAUACUCUCAGUGACGACACGGUGAAUGCGUCUUCUUUUCGUACGCUGUCAAGAUCUACGCCUUGGACUUCAUUAUCCUAUCGACUGUGAAGAUGUGGUUCAUGUAUGCGUUAAGCUGGAUAGCAUUAGCUAUCCAAAUAUCAGUUGCCACUUUGUCCAUAGCUGCUGGGUUAUAUUAUCUGGCAGAACUUGUUGAGGAAUACACUGUGAUGACAGCAAAGAUUAUCAGAUUCUUGAUUGGGCUAACAACAGUUGUGUACAUCCUCAUCUUUCUGUUUGAGAACUUCCCACUACUGAACAUUGCAGUUGGCCUGUUAACAAACAUUGCCUACUCCUGUGUACUUCAGAAUUUCCCAUUUUUUGACAUCACUUCACCUGCUUUCAUAGCAUCUCUAGUGCUGCUGUUUUUUGACCACUACCUUGCAUUCUCGUACUUCUCUGAUGUUUGGUAUCCUUUUGCAGAGGUCCUAGCAUUUUUCACAAUUUGUUUGUGGCUGGUUCCGUUUGCAUUUUUUGUGUCACUCUCAGCCAAUGAAAACACACUACCAAUGACAGCUGAUGUACCUCGCUCCACGGAUGAUUCCGAUAUUGUUAGCAACUACUUCAGUCACAGACGAAAGAAAUAUGGACUGCUAUCACUGUUCAAGAACGUGCAAGACAGUGUUCUUCCUCAACGAAUGAAAAAAAGUUACUAAGGAUUUAGUCUUGCCUGAAUUGUGAGAUACUUGUUCCUGUGACAUGGCCAUAGGUUACUGUGUGUGAAAGUAUUGUUAGUCACUGGUAUGUUUGACAUACUCCUAUACAGCUCGUCCUUGUGGGUGUGAAGGGCAUUAGUUGAACUCAUUGCAUCUGUCAUUUAUCAUGCACUGCUCACCACUGCUGUUCUUGCUUCCAUUUUACAAUUAGGAGUGUUUUAGCAAUAAUUUCUUAACAGGUAAUAUACAUCUUAAACAAUCUCAUGUUUGCUGAAGAGCACCACCGUGCAUAUGUUAAUUUUGUUAUUUUUUCAAAUUAUUAUUUUGCUACUAGUUGUGAGACUGUUUGAUGCAUGUUGAGUUGAUUAGGUAGAGAACAGCUGGGGGAGGGAGAAAGUAUGCAUAAGACAUCCUAUAUGUAAGCCAUGGUGCUGCUGAACACAUUUUCAGCUAAAAUGAGGUUUGCUUUCAGACUGUGCAAUAUUAGCAGGCAAGUGGAGUUUGGGUAUUUUUUAUGUUGUACCCUUAAACAUCUCGAGGUGGCCUUUGAAAUUUUAAGUCAUAAAUUUUAUUCUAGAUUUUUGUUGUUAUAGAAGUUACACAGAAAACAGCAGUUGACAACCAUAUAUUGGUUAACAAAACCUUAAGAUGUUAAUGUUUUCAUUGAGACCAAUCUCAAUUGUAAACAGCUGAUUAUUUCAACUAUAAUUUAUCUUUUUUUCUGGUUUCCAUUUUAUAGAAAAGGCAGUAACAUUUGAAAUUACAUAGAGCAUAAAAAAAAAAAAAUCAGAAAUCCACUUCAAAAAAUAUUACAGAAUUAUGGUAAUUUUCAAAUAUGUUUACCAUAAUUUAAUUCAGGAAAAGUGAAAAAGAGAUGAGAUUGUAUCAUAUCAAAUACAACAAACAGUAAAGACUGACAUGAAGAAGAAGGUUAUAGAGCUUGAAGUCGUUCCUUUUUUUCUGUGCCCACAACAAUUGUACAUAAAUGAAAAAAAAAAUCUAGAUGGCAAGUGACAUUUGUUUUAUAUUAAUAAAGUAGAUGUCAUUCUGUUUAGAAGAACAGGCAUGCUGAAUAUAGCAUUGUAUGUGAAGCAUCAGUUUUGCGGCAGCUUGAUUUGAAAAAAAUAUGUGAACUGGUUCUGUUUUUUUGGCAGGUGAAUGGCUGGGCAUAUAGACACUUCGUUUUCUGCAUUUUGAGUGAGAUCUUACCUGCAUAUAUAUAUAAAACUUGGUAGUUAACUUAUCGUUAAACUUAACUUAUCGUUAAACAAGAAAAUGCUACAAACCAGUCCCCAAAGGGUUUCAAAAAAAAUUUAUGGCUUUUGUACUAGAUUUUGAAUGAAUGUUGUAGGUCCAUGCGAAAAAAAAAAAAAAAGUUAUCCUGUAUUGUAAUGACACCAUGUUCUCUUCCCCAGUCUACAAGACUGGCUAAAGAUGUUUUUGAAAAGGGCUGAUAAGCAAAUGAGCUGCAGUGACCACUGUGAUGACAUUCUCUACUGCAUAUUUUUUGCAUUCUUGCAUCUUUUACAGAUUCAUUUAUAGCAUGUAUGAAUUUGAGUGAAUGCAUACAUAAGCAUAAUAAAAGCAUCCAUAGAAUAUUUCAUCAGGUUAUUACUGACAUUUUAUUCUUUCUCCAGUGUCCAUAAAUAAAGCUUGUGCAUGUUUUUUCAUUAACCAUUAUUGACAUGAAUAGCUUGUAUGAAUCAGAACAAAUAUGUAAUGCUUAUUUGGAUUAUUGAAAGUUUUAAAACGAAAGUGUGAUAUAAUAUGUAUCCAUGAGUCACUCCUAAUGCUUGGGGAUUUUGUGUGCUUCUUGAAGGUUUGCAAAUAGUUUUUUUAUAUGGUAAUGACACCCUAAAUAUAGCUGAAGAAUAUCUUUGAGUAAAAUUUGUUCUGUUUAGCUUCAAAAAGUUUUGCUUGCUAAGGUACACAUUGUUAUUAUAUGACCAUAUUUUCAAGGUGAAUUUUUAUUGUAUGUACAGUUUAUGAUUGCAAAAUGUUGAGUGAAAUUAAAACUUUCCUGUGACUAUGAAUGCUUGCUUUUAACAGAUAUCUGAGACAGUAUUGCAAUGCUUUGGAGGUUUUCUUGUGCAUUUGUUACAUUGAAGAUAUUCUUCGCUUGUAAGAAUUAAACUGAGGUGAAAAAAAGAGUGGAUUUUGAUAUUUGUGUGACCUGAUUUUAACUUUUUUUUGUUUGUUUGUGUGGUUGACAACUUCUACUGUCAGCUGACAGAUGUGGCUUUAGAGAUGCAACCAUGCUCAAAUGCAGCUUUACAGGACAUGAUGACAAUUUCAAAUCAGUUGUUUUGUAAAUAGCUCAAAAACUUUGUUUGAUUUUUCAAUUGACUUUUAAUUAGUUCGUACUUUAUUGUUGUUAGAUGUCUUAAGGUCACUAUUCAGAUUAUCAUUUUGUGAUGCAUUUCUCUGUUGGAAUCUUUUCCCCUAUAUCUCUUCUUGAAUUUCUCAUUUGAACAUUUUUUUUUAUGCACAAGUGGGUUGUGGGGAGGAGGAUUAAAUAAGUGUUAAUGGCUUUUAUCCAAAAACAUACUUCCAAUCCAGUCAGAAAUGGAAGUUAUUUCUGUGGAAGAAAUGUGAUGUCUUUUCAGAAGAAAGAACAGACUAAUGAGCACAAAAGACAUUAUAUUGAUCAUGUCGAAAGAAUAUUAAGGUUCUGCUAUGCAAUCAGUUACACUACCACCUAGUGCCGAAUACCACUUUUGACAUAAAAUUUAGCAAGUGUUUUGACAUUGUAUUGCAAAAAAUACUUUUUGUGACUGUGUGUUUAUGUGUGAUGUUUUGAGUUUGUUACAAUGGUGGAUUCUUUAGUCAUUUGGGAAAGUCAUCAUGAAAAAUAAAACCAGUAGACAUCCUGUUGGAAACAUUAAAAACUCAAAAAGUUGACAACAGUCAUACCCCUUGUGAAUGUUAUAUGGAUUGAAAGGGUGAUUAUGUGAACUGAUUACAAUUUUUGGAGUGUUCUGGAAAAAGGAUAUUUUAUUAACAGAAAUGUUACAGCACUGGAGCAAUCCUUAUCUAAUAUGGUGGAGGGUCGCAAGGUACAUGAAAAGGAAUCUUUGCUUCCCUAAUUCAUGAACACCUGCAUUCCCUGUUAUGCUUCUUUGUAUUUUACAUAUUUAUUAUCACAAACUUCAGAGUGUAGAAUGUUCCAAUCUGCUUUUUAUUCUUGAAGAAUAAGCCUCAUACCACAGAAGAAAGAGCUGCAUUUUUAUGGUCUAAAUUGAAAGGUGCACUGUUUUGAAAGUUUUUGUGCUUUGACAAUGUCAUCACAAAGCAAAGCAUAAUGUACUGCAUGUUUUAAUUAAAUGCAUCCUUAAAUCGAAGGAAUCUUAUGACCUCCCACUAACUUCCUGUCCUAAAUGUAUGUCUGAAUGCAGCUGUUUUUGAAUGCAUGUUAAUCUUUUAGAGUUUGAAAAUAAAGAUUUGAUAAUCCU